AUACUCGCUCAUGCGCAGUGGGUGCAGUUUUGUUUGAAGUGAAGUGCUGCAGUUCGCCUUGCGGAUGGAACUGCCCAUUACAAACCAUACUAGCUAGAUACAAUUUUUUUUUUUUUUUUUUUUAUCAUCUCAAAUCUAUGUACAUGUUUUCUUGUCUCGAUGCAUCGGUGGAACAAUGUUAGGUCAUAAUCAUUACCCAAACGUAGAAAAGUCGCAACUCGUCAGCUAUGUGGAAGAUUAUUUGGAAUGUGUUGAAUCCCUGCCUUUGGAUAUACAAAGAAACGUCUCUCUGCUACGAGAAAUUGACUCAAAGUAUCAAGAGGUCCUGAAGGAGGUUGACGAUGUCUACGAGCGCUACCAGGGUGAGCGGGACGCGGCACAGCGUAAGAGGCUUCAGAUCCAGCUGCAACGGGCCCUCAUCAGCAGCCAGGAGCUGGGCGACGAGAAGAUCCAUGUGGUCACCCAGAUGACUGAGCUGGUAGAGAACCGUUCCCGCCAGAUGGACUCCCACUCCCUCUGUCUCCAGGAGCCCAGCGAGGCCAGCGAGCGGGAGCGGGUCGUCACCGAGCGGCGCUCCGGUUCCGUUCAGGAGGCAGCGGUGUCCACACCUGCGGAGCGCUCCUCCGCCCGCCGGCCGAGACGUCAGCGCAACAGCGAGAGCCGCGAUGCCAACCACGCCUCGGGGAACGGAACAGUGAUGGAUGACCCGGCGGACGAACUGCCUAUGCAGCCGCGGGAGAAGAGGUCAAAGUCUGCCAAGAAGAAGAAGCGCAAGGCCAAGCAGGAGCGAGGCGCCUCGCCUGUGGAAUUCACCAUCGACCCCAACGAGCCCACCUACUGCCUGUGUGAGCAGGUGUCCUACGGCGAGAUGAUUGGCUGUGACAACGACGCGUGCCCCAUCGAGUGGUUCCACUUCUCCUGCGUGGGGCUCACCUACAAGCCCAAGGGGAAGUGGUUCUGUCCCAAGUGCAGAGGGGACAACGAAAAGACUAUGGACAAAAGCCUGGAUAAGAACAAAAAGGACAGGAGGUCCAGGUAGUUGUGACAUGUCCUCUCUUUCCUCUCGGGAACAUUGCCGAACUGAGGCUUGAGUUCGUCAAAAUAAGUCAUUCAAGGUAUGACUAAAUGUUGUGAAGUUUUGAGAGCACAAUCGAAACACUUUUUCCCUCCUGCAGCGCCGACUCUUGAGUAAAGGAUUUGACCAAUACUGAACUGGUGCUGUUACCAUACUGGUGGACCCACACUGAAGCCUAAAGGUUAUUCUGGGAAGCCAGAUGUUGACUUUAAGAAGCCUAAAGCUGCCAUCUUACUGGGUUCUAUCGUGUUCCUCAACACUUGGCGGAAUGGAAUUAAAGUAACUUAAAAUGCAUAUUUUGGCUUAUUUGCCAUUUUGACUUGAUGUAAUGUACCUGAAUGAUGUCCUCUUUUUGUGAAAAUGAAUGCAUUAUGUUCGCCCCUUCUUUCAAUUCAGUAAGUUUAAUUUCUUAUGCAGUUUAAAACCAAUAAAUAUGUUCCAAAUCAAGUCUCGAUUCAUUGAUUUGGUCACUACCAGAUGGGGCUAAAUAGUUCAUUGAUUUGGUCACUACCAGAUGGGGCUAAAUAGUUCAUUGAUUUGGUCACUACCAGAUGGGGCUAAAUAGUUCAUUGAUUUGGUCACUACCAGAUGGGGCUAAAUAGUUCAUUGAUUUGGUCACUACCAGAUGGGGCUAAAUAGUUCAUUGAUUUGGUCACUACCAGAUGGGGCUAAAUAGUUCAUUGAUUUGGUCACUACCAGAUGGGGCUAAAUAGUUCAUUGAUUUGGUCACUACCAGAUGGGGCUAAAUAGUUCAUUGAUUUGGUCACUACCAGAUGGGGCUAAAUAGUUCAUUGAUUUGGUCACUACCAGAUGGGGCUAAAUAGUUCAUUGAUUUGGUCACUACCAGAUGGGGCUAAAUAGUUCAUUGAUUUGGUCACUACCAGAUGGGGCUAAAUAGUUCAUUGAUUUGGUCACUACCAGAUGGGGCUAAAUAGUUCAUUGUGCUACAUGUUUAUUUGUAUGGCAGAUGGAGGGGUAGAUUGCUCUGUUUCAGCCUUAUGUGAAGUACUUACCUGAGCUGGGAUUUGACACAAUACUUCACAUUUUUAGGUUAUUUUAUGAUUUCAUUUUCAACUGACCAUCCUCAGGUGCAGCACUUUGAUUUGCUAUAUAAUGAUGAUGAUGAUGAUGAUCGGGGGCACCGUCAGAAUGGUAUUUCAUGUUUGUGUUGACAUUCUACAUACUUUGUCAAACUAGUGUAAUAGCAUGUAACGUUUAUUUUAUAUCCAUUAAAACAGUUUUAUUGCAGA